AUGGCUGACGAGUCUCCCCAAAAGAAUGCGGAGGCGACAGAAAGCAACGAAUGGGACGACGAAGAUUUAGAAAACAUCGAGGAUCUCCUUGCCCUCGUCGAAGCUGAGAGAAGCAAGAUGUCCAAGGCUGUUCUUUCGUCGGCUGACAGUCUUUCUUCUGCUGUGACCCUCGCGCGCAAGCGGCUUGCUGCCAACAUCGCUGUAGUUGAAGAGCAGCUAAAAGAAGAGAAGAGACUACUUGAAGAAAGCAAAGCACAACGCUCGCAGGAGUUAAACAACUCGGCAUUUGACGAGUUGCAAGCAAAAUUCGCUCAAAGAGAAGCUGCAUUUGAAAAGCUCAAAGCAGAAAAACGCACGAUUGAAGAAGACAGAAAUGUGUUGAAAAGUGAGUUGGAAGAAGCGAGAGUGCAGAUCCAAGAGAGUGCAGCCAAGGCAUCAUACCUCCUCGAAGAGAAUGCUGCGCUGACCGCUGAAGUCAAGAUGUUACGAAGCUUGCUCAAGGGGAGCGAAGAGGCGUCAGUGAGUUCGCGAAGUGACAGGCAUGAUACGUCGUCAUAUGAGAACAACGUCCUCCAGCCUGUCUCUAGCCGGGGAGCUCAAGAAGUGGCUGAGGAAGCUGCGGGCCUGCCUCAAGCUGAGGAGACUCAGAAGCGGAAGGGGAACAAGGUGAUGGAGUCAAUCUUACGCAAGAAGAAAGCAGAUCACGGAAGGUUUGAGGACCCUUGGAAGAUCCGACUUCAGUGCUCGCUAGCCGAUGGUGUCAUGGAGUGUCUACAUCUCAAUGACAAAGGAGACACGAAAGAAAGAUACGACAUGAAGAACUGGUAUGUUCCGCCGGAGCGGAGGGUUCCAGGGAAAGGAAGAAUGGAUCCUUUGAGGUUCGAUCUGGUUCAUCGCGACAAAGGGCAGGUUGUCAGCUUCAAAGCAGAAAGUCUCGAGGCUUGCGACAAGUGGGUCACUGCUCUGCACAGCGCGGUCGGAAGCUCUUAA